AGCGAUUUAAUGUUGGCGGAAGUAAUACGUAUAAUUAGAUAAUAUCUUAAAUUAAAAUUUAUACAUUUCAAAAUAAAUUAUAAAUAUUUUAUCAAUGACUAAAAAUGCAAAUACUUUUUUUAGUUAAAUUAAAAGGCAAAUAUGGUUUUGUAAUGUAGGACAGCAGAUAAAAAGUACUCCGUGAAAUCGAAAGUUGGAAUAUUUUCAAAACGAAAGUUGGACAAAAAGUGUAUCCUUAAAAGAAAAACUACACCUACCCUGAAUAGUCUGCAACAUAAUGUCCGCCGUGCCUGUGAUAGCAGAAGCAGUUCAAGAUCGUCUACAGGUUGCAGCCAUCGACUUCGGAACGACAUAUUCCGGAUAUGCAUUCUCAUUUCAUGGAGAUUUUAACGAGGACCCUCUGAAAAUCAUCACCAAUAACUGGUUGGUUGGCGCUACAAAAGCCGUCUCCCUGAAAACACCAUCUUGUAUCCUAUUUGAUCCAGACCGAAACUUCCAUAGUUUCGGAUUCGAGGCUGAAGAUGAGUACGCUGAUCUUGCUGCAGACGAGAAACAUUAUGAAUGGUUUUACUUCAAACGAUUCAAAAUGCUACUUUACGAACAAAAGAAGUUAACAAGAGACAUUAAAUUAAAGGACGACAAAGGGCUUACAUUACCUGCAAUGACAGUAUUCAGUGAGGGAAUACGAUACCUGAAGGAUCAUUUGAUUAGGACUUGUGAAGAGAAAGACGUUGGACUACGAUUUGAAGAAGUUCAUUGGGUAAUCACUGUACCAGCGAUUUGGGAUGAUUCUGCGAAGCAGUUUAUGCGAGAAGCUGCCAUCGAGGCUGGCAUUGACACGAAGCACCUAUCGUUGGCACUGGAACCUGAAGCUGCGAGUCUGUUCUGUAAAUACCUGCCUAUACAGAAGGUGGAAGGGGAUGAUGGGCAAGGCAGAAUUUCUAGCUUUGCUCCUGGCAAGAGAUACCUGGUUCUAGAUGCUGGUGGAGGAACAGUGGAUAUUACAGUACACGAGACACAGUCAGAUGGAACAAUUAGGGAGCUAUACAAAGCUAAUGGUGGUCCAUGGGGAGGGACGAAAAUUGAUGAGGCCUUUAUCAAUUUCCUCGAGGACGUUGCUGGAGUUGACACCAUUGAAGUUUUCAUGAAAGAUCACAAAGAGGAUUAUUUGAGCUUGUUCCGAGAAUUUGAGAUAAAAAAGAAGACAUUCGGUCCCGAUCUGACGGCCGGACAAAAAAUAACAUUUAGGCUUCCGGUGUCAGUACAUGAAACCUACCGUAUCACAAGGGGAGGAGACUUCCGACGUAGCUUGAUGAUGAAGCAGGAUUUGAAAGACCAAAUAACGUUCACGGGAGAUAAGCUCCGCGUUCAACCGAGACAAGUUGAACGCUUUUUCGAAGCUACAUGUAACAAAAUUGUAAACCACCUCAAGGACAUUUUCAGCAAACCGCAGGUAAGCGGUACUGAAGCUAUACUGAUGGUUGGAGGGUUUUCGGAAUCAGUAAUGUUGCAGCAUUAUAUAAAGGAUAAUUUUCCGGAAAUGAAGGUUAUUAUUCCAGAAGAUGCUGGACUGGCUGUCCUGAAAGGAGCGGUUAUCUUUGGCCAUAACCCUAGAGCUAUUAUAUCCAGGGUGUCAAAGUUUACAUAUGGGAUCGACGUAUAUCAGCCGUUUGAUAGCACCGUACAUCCUGCUUCGAAAAAGGUCAUUUUGGACGGAAAAGAAAAAUGUGAUGGUUGCUUUGAUAAGCACGUAACAGAAGGUCAAGAAGUAUACGUAGGGGAAGUAUUCGGAGAAAAGUCAUACUGGCCGUCUUCUAUGUCUGCGACAGCGGUGUCUUUGAAUGUUUAUACUUCAGAUAAAAUAGAUCCAAAGUAUGUGGACGAAGCAGGAUGUUUAUACCGUGGAAAAUUACGCGUCGACCUUUCAAAAAUUGAAAAGUAUGAGGAUAAAAAUAUUAUUGUAAAAAUGAAGUACGGGGACACUGAACUUGGUGUUGAAGCAAGAAUUGUAAAGACUGGAGAAAUCCUAAAAACAUCCUUAAAUUGCCUUGAUUAAAGAAAUCGCAAAUGACAGUACUUGUUAUUGGUAAAACUCUUAUCAAAAUAACCAAAAAUGAAAUAUUGAACUUUAAUUAGAGGCACUUACCUUCAGAUUUUGGCUAAAAGUGAUCUUUCUUUAAAUAGUAGUUUGGUCAUAUUAUGAACAUUAGAAAAUGGAUUUUUUUGUAUCUUAAAAAUGCCAAAUCAAGAAAAAAACAUGACCGAGUCGGGAAUCGAACCUUGGUCGCCGCGGCAAUGAACACUUUCGUGCGGUCUUGGAUAAUACACCACGGAGGAAUAAAUACUGAACGGUCGUUAAAUAUAAUGGUGUCCGCUGCAAACGCUUUUCAAUUCUGAAUUGAAAAAAUAGUAAAAACAACUAAUUCUUACGUGAAUCCAGAACUUGCUAAGUUUCAAAGACUUCAUUAGAAAUAUAGAUUUUUUUUCUUAUAUCUAAACAAUUUCUCUUUUUGUUGUCGAAAGAUCUGGAGGUCAGUGUCCAAACUGUAUAAAUUCAAAAUUGUUAUGCAAAUUUAAGACGUUAAACUAUCUUAUCAUAAAUUAUAUCAUUGUUUAAACCUCUUAUAAAACUGAACGUGUGUAUAGUCUAACCUACUCGCAAGAAUGUAUGAGGUUCGACAUUUUUUUAUAAUUUGUUUUUAUUGAAGUAUAGUUAGACAUGUGAUUUUUUUUCGUUUGCUAAUAAGAAAAAUAGAAAAAUGUUUUUAAAACAAGUACUUUUUAUGCAGUUAGCUAGACAAAAAUUCGCGAAAAGAAAUCAUACAGAACAUACUAUGUAUUUAUUCGUUGAUUUACAAAGUUUGCUUGAUUUGACAUUAUAAAUGGAAUUUGUUACAACGAACGAGCUGGUUGCCGUUUGUUCUUUAUCUAGGUAUUGAAUUUACAUCAUACAUGUAACAUAAAAGUUGCUAUUAAAAUUCAUCUGUAAAAUCAUUCGGGCUCACAAUCUUCUAUUUUUAUUUGAUAAAGUUAAACUUGACAUUAAGACACAAGUACAUUUGUUUGAUUCAUCUGUAGUUCCAGUUUUAUGUGUACAUAAUAUUAAAGAAAUUGAUAACAUA